CCCACCAUGAAGUCACUGAAGUCACUGAAGCCAUCAAGCCACCGUGCCCAACAGCACUUCUCUAUAAGCUGGAUGGAAAAGGUUGCACAGUGGGCCGGUUUGAUGGACCAUGAGACAGGACAAGAAGAGAAAACCCAGGCAUUUGAGAGAACGGGGAGAAUCUCAUCGAACCUGUGCAGCGAGAGUUUGGACCUGAGUGCAGAACAGGAUAACUCAGAGCUGGGCAAAAGAAAAAAGAAGACCAAAAAAACAUUCAUGCCCAGGCUGUCUGUGGAAAUGCAAGUGAUAGAGCCUGUGGAUACUGCAGAAUUCAUGAAUGCAGCCAGUGAGUGCAAACUGGAUAUCAUAGACAGGUAUCUGGCAGAUGGUGGGAACCCAAACGCCCACGAUGAGCUGAAGAGGACAGCACUCCACCGCGCCUGCCUGGAAGGACAUGCUCCAGUUGUCCAAAUGCUUUUAGGAAAAGGAGCUGAUAUCAACUUAAAAGAUCAACUGGGCUCUAGGGCCAUACACUGGGCCUGCAGAGGGGGAAACCUGACGGUAGUCGAAGUCCUGAAGAGCCACGGGGCUGAUCUUAAUGUUAGAGAUAAGUUGCAUAGCACACCUCUGCAUGUUGCCACGAGAACAGGCCACACCUCUAUUGUGGAAUACCUGCUGUCUUGUGGGGCCUUAAUCAACUCCAGGGACAGGGAAGGUGACACAGCCCUGCACGAUGCAGUGCGUCUGAACAGAUACAAGAUAGUGAAGCUGCUCAUAGUUGCUGGAGCUGACACAAAAAUAAAAAAUCAUGAAGGACUGACAGCAGUGCAGCAGGUAAAACAAUGGCAGUUUGACAUCGUGGAGACCCUGCAGAGGCUCGAGAAACUGAGGAAGGUGGGAGUACUGUCGCCUGCUAACAACUCAGGGGAGGAGUGAACAGUGCAGCUGUGCAUCUGUGCAAGGAUCACCUCAGUUUACAUUGCAACUGAGUGGUUACAGUUCUGCGCAUUUAACUAAAAGCCAACAGAUAUCCCGGGAUUGUUGAGGCUCUCAGUGAGCUAAAAUCCACCUGGUUGAUGAUCCACCCUUGACUCAUAUUGUAUAUUAUUUCUAUAUCACUUUCUAUGAGUAUCUGCCUCAGGUUCUCUCUAUAUAAAUAUAUUCUGUACUUCUAUGUAGUGCUGUGUAAAUGAUAUUUGCAUCUGUGUUUCCAGGACGUUACUGUAAAACCUCUAAAUCAGUCUGAAAAUAUCAGUUGGGAAUUAACACUAACAUUAAAAAGUAUCUGCUUAUUUAAAACAGAAAGAAAGCAACUCACGAGUGAAGAAACAAAGCUAACCUCAGGAUUUUGAAACGAGGUUUAAAAGUGCUUAAUAUUGUUACAAACACUCUGAAUAUUUCACAUCUGAUUUGAGAUGCCUUUGAAAGUUAAAUAAAGCUGACAGAGAUAGGGACUGUGUAAAAGUUGUUUUUGAAUAUACAUUAGAGGUCCUUCUUUUAUUGAGCCAGUAGGCCAGGCCAGAGAACGCAUUAGCCCUGUGUUUGAGACGCCAGCUGACAGCAGCAGAGAUGAUGGGUAUGCCUCCCGCUAAAGUCAGAGAUUCAGCAGGAGCUCAGCAACAUAUUUUCCUUCUAUCAUCAGAGGCUCAAAUGUUCCUGAGGGACAUUUGUCAUUCACGCUGGGGAAACAAUUUGCUGCUCUGCUUAUACUGUAGUCUUUUAAGUACAGUAGCAUAUUCUAAAAAUAGCCGGCACAGCUUCCUAAACAAAUAUUGUGGUACUGCUGUAUUUCUCACAGUGCUGGUGUAAAAUGUUGUUUUUUCAUGUAUCACUGUGCUUAUUGUAGGCAGUGCAUCAGAUAAACGAUCACACACAGACACAUUUCCUGUUAAAAGCAAUGCUGUGUAACUGUCAGGGACACUGGGGAAAACAUACCACAAACAAUAGAAGGUUAUUCACACCGUGUGCAAGUGUUAUCGUUUUAUUUUGUCGACCUAAUCUUAGCAUGGCUUUUUCUAAUCUGUGUAUAUCAAAUGACAGUUUUAGAAAAGUGAUUGUUUUACUUUUUGAGGUUUAAUGUUCUCAGCUCCGUGUGAGUUGCAUGCUGCUUUGUUGCGAGUUAGGGCUGGAAUGAUGUACAGCGAGAAAGAGGGGGAUGGGGAAGCUGGAGGUUUUCCCUCUGUGUUGUUGCUAUGGUGGAACCAAAAUCCAGUGGAACCUGUUUGUGAGUGAAAUGCAAACAUCUCUCCCAUAAUUUACCCUUUACGUUAGAAUCCCUGAGAAGCUAUG